AUGGAGGAUAUCAUCGCUGUAGAAAAGAGCCCGGACGAGAUGCCGGCAGUUUUGAACUCCAGACCGCAGACCGGUCUGUCCUUUUUGGCACCUGAACCAGAAGAUAUUGAGGACCUGUACAGCAGAUACAAGAAGCUGCAGCAGGAGCUGGAGUUUCUGGAGGUGCAGGAGGAAUACAUUAAAGAUGAGCAGAAGAACCUGAAGAAAGAGUUCCUCCACGCACAGGAGGAAGUGAAGAGGAUACAGAGCAUCCCGCUCGUCAUUGGCCAGUUCCUGGAAGCCGUGGACCAGAACACUGCCAUUGUUGGCUCCACCACAGGGUCCAACUACUACGUGCGCAUCCUGAGCACCAUCGAUCGAGAGCUCCUCAAGCCCAAUGCCUCCGUGGCCCUGCACAAGCACAGCAACGCCCUCGUCGACGUGCUGCCCCCCGAAGCCGACAGCAGCAUCAUGAUGCUGACGUCAGAUCAAAAACCCGAUGUAAUGUACGCUGACAUCGGCGGCAUGGACAUUCAGAAGCAGGAAGUCAGGGAAGCCGUGGAGCUACCACUCACGCAUUUUGAACUCUACAAGCAGAUUGGCAUUGACCCACCCAGGGGAGUCCUCAUGUACGGACCUCCAGGUUGUGGGAAGACCAUGUUGGCCAAGGCUGUGGCUCACCACACCACAGCGGCCUUCAUCCGUGUGGUGGGCUCUGAGUUUGUGCAGAAGUACUUGGGUGAAGGUCCUCGCAUGGUACGCGACGUCUUCCGCCUGGCCAAAGAAAACGCCCCCGCCAUUAUCUUCAUCGAUGAGAUUGACGCCAUCGCCACAAAGCGCUUUGACGCGCAAACCGGAGCGGACCGAGAGGUGCAGAGAAUAUUGCUGGAGCUGCUUAAUCAGAUGGACGGUUUCGACCAGAACGUCAACGUCAAGGUGAUCAUGGCUACCAACAGAGCCGACACACUGGACCCAGCCCUGUUACGUCCUGGUCGUCUGGACCGAAAGAUUGAAUUCCCGCUGCCCGACCGCAGGCAGAAACGUCUCAUUUUCUCUACGAUCACCAGCAAAAUGAACCUCUCUGAGGAGGUGGACCUGGAGGACUAUGUGGCUCGACCAGACAAGAUCUCUGGCGCUGAUAUCAACUCCAUCUGCCAAGAGGCUGGCAUGUUGGCCGUGCGUGAGAACCGCUACAUCGUCCUGGCUAAAGAUUUUGAAAAAGCCUACAAGACGGUCAUCAAAAAGGACGAGCAGGAGCAUGAGUUCUACAAGUAGAAAGAAAGUGUGGGACGAUGCAAGUUCAUCAGAUCAAGUUUGUACCAACGAUGUGUCAUCUGCAAGCUCUGACUUGCUGUCUUUCUCCUGGACUCAUUGAAGUGUAGCUAAACAUGUAACUCGCCUCAAAAAGUCCUUUACUUCAUGGUGGAGUCUUUUUUCUUUUGAAAAGGCACUGGAAAUUAGGCUGUAGCUACAACUCCAGUUGAAUCUAGAAGUACAAAUCCAUUAAAAGUGUUUGAAUAAA